CGGAGCCUGUCGUUUCAUUGUACGGCUGCUGAUGCUGAGAGGUCGCGCCGAGAAUUAUGUAGGAACAUGAUUGCGGAUUUGAGGUUUAUAGGCCGUGGCACAUCGCUAAGGAUUGUUUUCUAGGUAUUCUGACUGCAAGGAUAAUGAGGAAAAGACGGAACUGGAAAUGUCAGUGUAACGUGAAGUGAUGGAUGAGUAAGAGUGUUUGAGGAAUCCCUGCAUCUGAUCCAAUGGCGAAGAAAGGUCGCACUAAGGGCGAGAAGCCUGAGGCACUAAUCUCUGCCUUACAGGCAGCCAAUGAAGAUCUCAGGUCAAAACUAACUGAUAUUCAAAUUGAACUGCAUCAAGAAAAAUGCAAGGUGACCAAGCUGGAGCGAGACAAGGUGCAGGAAGGCAAGCGCAUCCGCGAGCAGGAGCAGCACCGGCACACUGUGGCAUUGACGGAGCAGCGUGCCCGUUGGCACGAAGAGAAGCUAAAGGAGCUCGCCGCACUAAGGGAAUCGCUUACAAAACAGCAUGAACAAGAACUAGCCCGUACCGCAAAGAUCAAAGAAGGCGAGAUACAGCGUUUGAGGACUGCACUUAGUGCAUUGCGCGAUGGCAGUAGUGAGAAAGUACGUACUGCGCUAACGCUAGAGGCCCGAGAGGAGGCCCGCCGAUUCUUUGACCAGGAGCGUGUAAAACUGCUGCAGGAGAUAGCAGAGCUAAAGUCCUCCAAACGGCAGACAGAUGAAGCGCUGAAUACAGUGAUUUUAGCCGACAAGAUGAAGGCGGGUGACUUGCGCUCUGAGCAUCAAGCGCACCAGGAUCAAAUAACCAAGAUCAAGUGGGACUGUGAGCGAGAUAUUAGACGACUGGUGGAUGAAAUCAAAGCAAAAGACAGAACGAUCUUCGCGUUGGAGAAGGAGCUGGAAACAGCGACAGGUUCCAUGCAGAAGUUGCAGCUUCAGAAGGAUGCGCUCGAUGAGCAGCUGUUUCUGGUCAAAGAGGCAGAAUGCAGCCUGGGUAGCCCGAAGAGAGAGAUCCCCGGCCGCGCUGGAGAUGGAGCAGAGCAUUGCGGGAGUCCGGACAUGAGAAGAAACCAGAAACGUGUCUCUGAACUCAAAGCCACCAUCCGUAAGCUGGAAGACCGCAACACAAUCUUAGUGGAUGAAAGAAAUGAACUGUUGAAGCGUGUUCGGGAAGCAGAGAAACAGUGCAAGCCGCUGCUGGAGAGGAACAGAUUAUUGAGCAAGAAAAAUGAUGAACUGAGCCAGUCACUUCAGAGAAUGGAGGAUAAACUCAAAUCAUUAACCAAGGAGAACUUGGAGAUGAAGGAAAAGAUUACGUCUCAUCCUCCACUGAAGAAGCUGAAGUCUCUGAAUGAUCUGGAUCAGGCCACUGAUGAUCAGGAGAUUGAGUUCCUCAAGCUGCAGGUUCUGGAGCAGCAGAGCAUGAUCUAUGACCUCACACGAGAUAGAGAAAAACUCUUAAGGAAGAAGAGGCAUAAACGAAGCAGACCUAUAAAGAGGCACAUUGUUGUAGAUACAUUUUAUGGGUAUGAUGAAGAGUCGAUGGAUUCAGAGACUUCCUCAGUGGCUUCCAUGCGUAUGGAUCGAACUCCAGCCACACCGGAUGAAGAUUUAGAUGAGGGUCUGGCGGCUGAGGAGUCAGAGUUGCGUUUUAAGCAGUUGACGCGAGAAUAUCAGGCUCUUCAGAGAGCGUAUGCUCUGUUACAGGAACAGAAAGGAGGUGGAUUGGAUGCUGAAAUGGAGGCCAAGGCCCAAGAGCAGCUCCAUGCGGACACUCAGAGGUAUAAGGCCAAAAUUGAAGACCUGGAAAAAGAGCUCGCCUUAAAAGGACAGGACUCUAAAUGGGUGGAGGAGAAGCAGCUGUUCCUCAGACGCAAUCAAGAGCUGCUGGAUAAGGUUGAAAAAUUGGAGAAUGAGAAUGGAAAGCUUCAUCAGGAACUUCAGGACUCUAAAGAUCAGAAUGAACUGCUGGAGUUUCGCAUACUUGAGCUGGAGGAGCGUGAGAGGAGGUCGCCGUUUACCUUACAAAUUCACCCUUUCUCUGAGGGAGUGAGUGCACUACAGAUCUACUGUAUAAAGGAGGGAGUGAAGGAUGUGUGCAUACCUGACCUCAUCAAACUGUUGGAUAUACUGGGAGAUAACGGGAACUUGAGGAAUGAAGAGCAGGUGGCCAUUAUUCAAGCAAGUACUGUCCUGUCUCUGGCUGAGAAGUGGAUUCAGCAGAUUGAAGGUACAGAAGCAGCUUUGCAUCAGAAGAUGAUGGACUUGGAGCUGGAGAUGGACAUGUUUUGUAAGCAGAAAGGGUAUCUGGAGGAGGAACUGGACUACAGGAAGCAGGCGCUGGACCAGGCCUACAUGCAAAUCCAGGAGUUAGAGGCAACUUUGUACAACGCGCUGCAGCAGGAUAAAGUGAUAAAAUAUGGAGAACCUCUGGAUGAGCUGCAGAAGGACGAGUUACGAACGGCAGUGGAGAAACUGCGCAGACAGAUGCUGCGGAAGAGCCGAGAGUACGACUGUCAGGUGCUACAGGAGAGGAUGGAGCUGCUUCAUCAGGCUCAUCAGAGGAUCAGAGAUCUGGAGGAUAAGACUGAUAUACAGAGGAGACAGAUUAAGGAUCUAGAAGAGAAGUUUUUAUUUCUGUUUUUAUUUUUCUCUCUUGCCUUUAUUCUUUGGCCUUGAUGUCUGUGACAUCUUCUGCUGCAGAGGAUUUGAAGCAACCUGGAGCUGUCACAUGCAGCUGCAGUUUUCAGGUUGUAAUGACUCAAGGUGUAUUAGUGGCUGUUUUGUUAUGCUUGUGUGGAAGUGGGAAAUUCAGAGUUAAUGAUUAUGGAUUUUAUUGGGAUUAUCUGCAACACUGCACAGAAUUUGACUUCUGGAUUAUGGAGGCAAAACCCUCUGUAGAGUACCAGGACAAAAUGCUUGAAUGCUCACUCUUACAGACCAGUGUGAAAAAAACAUAUAAUCAUCAACUGGAGCAUUAUGGAUUAUCUCUGCCAUGCAGGGACCCGCCAUGACUACGAGUCUACUGUAUCUACUGCAACUACUACCAACCACAACCCACAAACCUCUUUCCUUCUCACUCUGUUUAGCUGUCUCACCUCAUACACACUUUGAGAAAUUAAAAGCGGAAUGGAUGCCUUUGAGGACACACACACACACACACACACACACACACACACACACACACCACACUGAAAGGGGUUAUGAGCGCUGACUCAGCGUUUGUUAUUAAGGUGACAGUUGCAUCUCUGUUGUCAGGAGCCAUUAGGAGAGGUGUCUUCCUUACUGCCUGAAAAUAGAAAGGACAAAGAGACAGACUGAGAGAGAAAGAGACCGUCCAUUACAAACCAUCCAUGCAAGAAGUUCUUUGUUUACCACUAGAAUGUUGAGUUGACUAUUGCUACAAAAUGUUAAGUCGCAAAAAAGUGUGAACAAUUAGAUUUUUUAUUUUUUUAUUGCUUUCAUUGGGCCUCAUUCAUGAAAAAAAAAAGCAGACUGAAUGUCUGUGUAAAAUGUUCUUAAAACCAUUCUUAUGUAAAUUGUUGCAUCAUGUGAUAGUUCAUGCAAGCAAAACCAUUCAUACGCAAAUUGGCGAAUCAUGCAACAUUUUAAACAAAUAAAACCAUACGUAAAAAUGUACACAAUUAACGUACCAUAAAAUCAUUCUUUAGUACAUUUUGGUAUCAUGCAACUGUUGACGCAAGUAAAACCAAUCUUACCUGAAUUGUUGCAUUAUACCACAGUUAACACAAGUAAAACCAUUCUUACAUAAAUUGUCAUAUUAUGCGACAGUUCAUGCAAAUAAAACCUUAAAUUGCCACAACAUGCCACAGUUCACACAAAUAAAUCCAUUCUUAAAUAGUGUCACAUUAUGUGAUAAUUGACAUAAGUAAAACCAUUCUUACAUAAAUUGUGGUAUCAUGCGAUGGUUCAUGCAUAUAAAACCGUUCUUAUGUAAAUUGUCGCAUUUUGUGACAGCAAAACCAUUUUUACACAAAUUGUUGCACAUGUGACAAUUCAUGCAAGUAAAACCAUUUUUAUAUACUGUAAAUUGUCGCAUUAUGUUGCCACAAAUUGUGCCACAAGUAAAAUUACUCUAUCAUGGGACAGUUAACAUGAAAAAAAAAAAACAUAAAUUGGCACAUCAUGCCACAGAAUAAAUCCAUUCUUAAGUAAGGUGUUGCAUUAGUUUACGUCAUAUGCAAAAGUUUACGUAAGUUAAACGAUUCAUUUGUAUGUUGUUGCACUACAGUCUGCGAUAGUUCACGCAAACAAAAAUGUUUUUACAUAAAUUGUUGCAUGAUGCAACAGUUCAUGCAAGUAAAACCAGCAUGUAAUUGUCCCAUCAUAUGAUAGUUCAGGCAAGUUCAUAAAUUGUCGCAUCAUUUAACGUUUAAUGCAAAUAAAACCAUUUUACAUAAAUUGUCACAUCUUGUUAUAGUAAAACCAUUCUUAUGUAAAUUUACGCACUAUGCAAAAGUUUACACAAGUAAAACCAUUCUUACAUAAAUUAUUGUAUCAUGCGACAGUUCACGCAAAUAAAACCAUAAAUUGCCGUAUCAUAAAUAAAUCCAUUCUUACAUUUACAUUUAUUCAUUUGGCAGCUGAUUUUAUCCAAAGUGACAUACAAAAGAGGAAUAAUACAUCAUAAGCGAUUCAUCUUAAGGAGACAGUGGUACGAAAAGUGCUUCAUUACAAAGUUUCACUAGCAUCAGAAUAGUAGUAUCCAGGACAGAUU